AUGAGUCGUGCUGAACAACUCACUAUGGCGUGCUAUGCCUGUGUGUACUUGCGUUAUAUGCGGGACGGGUCCCUUUUGCUGGCGCUGGUCGCCUGGGCUUGCGUUUCACUGGCAGAGUUCUUGGGAGGGUUGUUGGUGGUUCAUCUACGGCGUACAGUGGAGAGCGGUGAGGAAGAAGGUGGUUUAGAGCCGCAAGUGGUCAAAGCAGUAGUGCGCAAGGGAUUGUUGUACUUUCGUUGGUUAUUAUUGGGCCAAACGGUAUAUCUUGUGGCCAGUCACUGGAGGUACAAGCCGUCGGGACAUCACCAUUCUGUUGUAAUGCCAUUAAUAGGGGACCUAGAUGGUCCCGAAAGGUCUUCAUGGGGCCUGUGGUUACUAGACGCAGCUAUAACUGUGUUACAACUCGCGUUGUUGCACCGACAGUUACAACCACAGGUUAGAUCGCACAAGUUGACCGUAACGCAAUUACAAACACAACGAUACGGGAUCCUGGCACCACUGAGAUUCGAUUCAUGGGACAAUAGCGAUGAACUGGACCUCUUAAUCACACGAAGAGCGCUGCCGGGUAACGAAUACGGGUCUUUAAGUUCAAGUUCUCUUGCUCAUCUCAACGAUUAG